GCGCACACGGCCGGCAUCGCCUUCGCUCUCUCCGUGAGGUCGGCUGCAGGACGGCUAUGGGCGCGUCGGCAAGCGGCCAGCAGACGGCACAGCAUGGCGGCGAUGGUCCUUAUGGCGGUGGGUGGGUGCCUGGUGCACCGGCAGCAGUCGGCUACAUCGCCCCCUACGCACCGCCGAUGCAGGUGCGGCUGCAGAACACACACACAUUGCGUGGCCACAGCAUCCCACUCUGUGUGUGUGGUGUGGUUCAUUCAGAUGUUUGGCGUACCUGGUGUUACCGUAGCCAUCGCUCAGACGGGCGGACAGCAGCAGGUAAACUACACCAAUGGGAGAGGCCAGGAGGGCACGUCCACGUCUGUCUGGUCUGUCUGUCUGUUUGAUGCCGUGUAGGGUGUUGUUCCCCAGUGGUCAUGGUGCCCCAGCCCUCCCCUCAGCCGCCCAGCGGACAUGCGCCGUCUGGUGAAGGGGCCGCUGCGGACGGGUCGUCUGAAGUGGACGACGACGAGCGGGACGAGAUCCCAGAAUUACUGAAUGACAUGCGGGCCUUGGGGUGGCUCGAUGCGCCCGCCCCACCCCCAGCACCGGUACGACAAGAACACACACACGCCGACAUCUCAUAUAUAGCGUCGCGUGUUGCUGUAUGUGUGGCUGUAAUGCAGAUGUUUGGCGUACCCGGCGUAGUUGCAGGCAUGGCUCAGACGGGCGGACAGCAGCAGGUACAGUAAACACACAGAUAAUGAGAGCCCAGGAAGGCGCCAUGAGAUCCAACAGGCGCUCACACACAUGUCUGUCUGUGUGUGUGAUGCCGUGUAGGGUGCGCCCCCUGCCGUCAUGGCGCCGCCCGGCCUGACUCACCCGCCCAUUCCCGGCGGCCCCCCCAUGGCUGCCCACUACCCCGUGGUGCUCAUGGCGCCCUACACUGGCGUCCCCAUGCCAAUCAUCCCGGGCCAGCCAUCGCAGCAGCACGGCGGAGCGAAGUAGACGGCACACAGAGAGGGGCGGCGGGGGGAGGGGGAGGGGUGGGGUAUCUACGAGCAGCCAGUGUGAGCGGGAGGGUCAGUGCAGAGGGCAUCAUGAUGUGUGUCUCGGAGAAAAGAUGGCUGGGGGCGAGGGAUGGCUGACAGAUAGUUGGAUGGAUGGAUCAAUGGAUCAAUGGAUGAGGGUGUCUGCAUGUCCUCCCGGAGUGUGUGCAGUGUGUGCCUAUGGGAGUGAGUGUGAAUACGGGAGACGACUGACUGACUGAC